GUGGGACUUCCGCCUCGGGGUAGUAUGAAUCGUCGGCCAGCGUUGAUUUUCGUGCGGCUCCUGUGUCUGGUUUGGGGUUUUUGCACGUGUGAGCGUUACGUCCUGGACGAUAAAACCGGAUUAGGGAGGGUGUUUGACGGUGUUGGCGGUUUGAGCGGCGGAGGGGCAACCUCUCGUCUGCUCGUCAACUACGCCGAGCCAUACCGCAGUCAGGUGUUGGACUACCUCUUCAAGCCAAACUUUGGAGCGUCUUUGCACAUACUGAAGGUGGAGAUUGGAGGCGAUGCCCAAACUACAGAUGGAACUGAGCCAUCGCACAUGCACUACGAGAAUGACGAGAACUUCUUUCGGGGCUACGAGUGGUGGCUGAUGAAAGAGGCCAAGAAGAGGAACCCAAAUAUCACACUCAUAGGUUUGCCAUGGGCGUUUCCUGGUUGGGUAGGCCAUGGGAAGAACUGGCCCUACGACUUCCCUGACAUCACUGCAUCCUAUGUGGUGUCCUGGAUCAUUGGGGCAAAGCAGUACCAUGAUCUGGACAUUAACUACGUCGGGAUUUGGAAUGAGCGGAACUUUGACAGCAAAUACAUCAAGCUCUUGCGGUACACGCUGGAUAAAAGUGGCUUGGAGAGGGUCAGGAUCGUAGCCAGUGAUAACCUGUGGGAGCCCAUUACCUGGUCUUUGCUGCAAGACCAAGAGCUCAGCAGAGCCGUAGACGUGAUAGGAGCCCACUACCCAGGCACCACCACGGUGAUGGCGGCCCUGAAGACCCAGAAGAAGCUGUGGUCAUCAGAGGACUACAGCACCUUCAAUGAUGAGGUAGGAGGAGGCUGCUGGGCUCGCAUUCUCAACCAGAACUACAUCAACGGACUCAUGACUUCCACGAUCUCCUGGAACUUGGUUGCCAGCUACUAUGAGAAGCUGCCAUUUGGCCGAGACGGGCUGAUGACAGCUGAAGAGCCGUGGAGUGGCAACUAUGUGGUGGAGUCCCCCAUCUGGAUCACUGCUCAUACCACACAGUUCACGCAGCCAGGCUGGACCUACCUGCAGACUGUGGGACAUCUAGCACACGGAGGAAGUUAUGUAGCCCUGACUGAUGGCAAAGGCAAUCUGACCGUUGUAGUGGAGACCAUGACUCAUGACCACUCGGUUUGCAUUAGACCUCCACUUCCACCCUACAACCUCACAUCCCAGAGUGCAGUGUUCCAGUUGAAGGGGUCUUUCGCCUCCAUCGGGGAACUCCAAGUGUGGCGGUCGAGGUUUAAUUUCAAGACAAAAAAGCCAACCUUCUUCGAACAACUCACUCCACUGAAGCUUUUGGAUGGCACCUUCAACCUAAGUCUGGGUGAAGAUGAGGUUUAUACGUUAACAACCAUUACAACAGGCCUGAAAGGAAGUUACGCAGCGCCACCUCCCUCAGCUCGCUUCCCAAAAGUCUACAAGGACGACUUUAACGUUGCCAACCCCCAUUUCUCGGAAGCUCCGAACUUUGCUGACCAGACGGGGGUGUUUGAGUACUACAUGAACUUAACCGAUCCGGGGCCUCACGUCUUUACCCUGCGCCAGGUCCUGACCCAGAGGCCAGUCACUUGGGUGGCUGACGCCGACCAGACCAUCAGUGUCAUAGGGGACUAUAAAUGGGACAACCUAAAGGUUUCAUGUGACGUCUUCAUGGAGACUGUUAAGACGGGUGGUGUGUAUAUCGCGGCAAGAGUGGACAAGGGAGGCCAAUCUGUUCGCAGCGCUAGGGGAGUUUUCUACUGGGUGUUUGCAGACGGCACCUACAAAGUUACCAAUGACAUUGCUGGUCAGACUGUGCUUGCUGAAGGGCAGUCUGGUACCCGAGCAUAUGGCUGGCACACGUUGUCCCUCACCGUUAAGGGCCAGUACGCUUCAGGGCUGCUGAACGGGUAUCCGCUGUGGAAGGACGUUGUGGUAAUUGGGCCAAAGAACGGCUGGGCAGCUAUAGGAACACACUCAUUUGAACUGGCUCAGUUUGACAACUUUGCCGUUGCAGCAGAAUGAUUGAUUCAUGCGAUUUUUGUGAUUGUCCUACUGAACCUUUGCUGUGAUUAUGCCUUAAUUAAUUUAUUAACUUCAUUAAUGUUCCAUUGAACCAGUUCAUGCCAUUUUUAUUUUUAUCAUGACGCAACGUGGAGGUGGAUCCAGUUUAGAUUUUUUUUUUUUUUCCGUUUGGAAAAUCGGCUAUGGUACACUUACUUUAAAAGCACAGGAAAAUCUAUUUUGAUACUUUAACUCACAGAACACUUAAAAAUAGGUUGGGGAAAAGUUUGUUUUGUUAAAGGCUGAUGUUUGUUUUCAAUAAAGUGUUUAAUA